AUGGCGGAAGCCGCCGAUCAUAUCUCUUCAGCUAUCAACCACUUUCACAGCAGCAGUAGCAAUGACAUGGUCGAGCCACAGACGGCCAUGGCCGACGAUGCUUGUAUACAACCACAACCACAACCGCAGCAGCAGCAGCAGCAACCGCACAUUGCUCUGCCUCCGUUGGUGGAGGAUUUGCUGAACCAACUUUGUAACAAGAGAAAGCAACCCCAGCCAGGCUACGACGUCAGGCGGAGGCUGGGUUUGCUGGGCGAGGAGAAGGCCCUCCAACUCCUCCAUGAAAUCGACGAGGCAAAAGUAAUUAAAACCCUCAGUGGCUUCAUCAUGUGGAUGAUCCAUAAUAAACCACAAUAUCAAUGUCCCUCUCCUUCUCCCUCUCCUUCUCCCUCUCCUUCAAAGUAUGCCCCUGUUUUUCUUCUGCAAACCCAAUUGUCUGCUUCUCCAUUUACGCCUUCUGUUCACAAAGAUGGUGGUGCUGAGAUGUGGCACGAGGCUGUGUUGGGGAAAUACUGUAAAUGUGGAAAACAGGCGAUCUUAAGGACGUCUUGGACAGAGUUCAAUCCUGGAAGGAGGUUCUAUGUUUGUGGCACACAAGGGACAAGUCGUCGGUGUGAUUUGUGGGAGUGGGCGGACCCAGAGAUGUGUGAUCGUUCCAAGCAGAUCAUUCCUAUGCUGUUACGGCAUAUCAAAACCACGGAGGAGGAACUUCAAUUGCAAAGAGCUAAAAUAAAGAAGAUUAGGUUUUGGUUGGGCAGCUGCUUGCUUGUGACGAUUAUUUUAGUGCUUUCUAUGUUAUCGAAAUCAAAUUACAAGGAUGAGAAACACCUGAAAUUGAAAUUAAUGCGAUGA